UCUCCGGGUUUGCUGAUAUAUUAGGAAAUAAGCAAAACCUCUGCUGCUGCAGAAGCCAGAAAUCUCUCUCUCUCGUUCUCGCUCUCUCUCAGUCACACAUCAUAAUGCAAAUCUUCUACGCAAACCCUAGAUCUUUCAAUAUGGACAGGAAGUCACCGUUGGCGAUGAAGCUCAAAGCAUCUGUUGCAGAAAAGCUUGUUGAAUUUCUCGGGAACUAUUCGGACGACGUACUUGCGGAGUACAUUAUUGUGCUUGUUUGUCAUGGCAAGAAUCAAAAUCAAGCAAGGGAUGACUUGGAAGCAUUUCUUGGUGAAAAGAGUUCAGAAUUUGUAUCAUGGCUGUGGGAUCUUAUCCUGAAAAAUACCCAUGAGUCAGAUAUACCUAUUAGGGCAUCUUAUGUACAAGAUGUCACUGUAAUGAGUGUCGAUGAUGAAGAUGUAGACAGGAAACAGAGAAGCAGCAGGUUGAUGGACCUUCAGAAUCAUGACACUGGCAAUGCUCAUAACCCACUGACAAUAAAUGAGAAGUGCCGCAGCAUAUUAGUACAUGGCCAUAAUCUGGUUUCCUCAAAUCAUCUAGACGAUUCUGAAGGCUUUCAACGAAGGCGCAAAACAAUUGUUACAGAUGAGUUAAAUUUAAAGGAGGCACAGGCUCGGGCAUAUAGAAGUAAAAUUCUGAAAAAGUCUGGAAAAAUAGAGGAUACCGUUGAUGAACCCUUGUAUGGCACUUCAAGGUUGAGAGGAUCUUCUCGAAUUUCAGCUGGUGGUGAGCAAAGCAUGCAAUAUGUCAAUCAAGAUAAGAAGAUAGUCAGCAGUAAUUGCAAUGCAAUGUCUCGUCAACUUCUGCAUUCAUCACAGAGAGAGCUGGUUUCCAGGAAAUUUCAGGCUGUUACAGAAAAUCCUCAGUCUAGCCGCUGUUCUGUGGAUAAUGCUGUUAGAAAAAGGAUCUCUUCAAGAGCUGCACAUUCUAUUUCUGACCAGAAUGCCAGGUCUCGAGGCAAUGUGUGGGACAGAUUAGGAAAACCUUGUGAAUAUGACACCGCUUUGAGAGAUGUGCAAAUUGAUGUUUGUGCAGUUCCCAUUAACCAGAGGAAAUUAUUGGAGCGUGAUGGUGAAAGUCUUGACCAGUUGAUGCCCUCUGUUCCUGGUUCCAUACUCAGUAGGAAAUUGAAGGCAGAAGUUCCUAAGAUUGAUAAUAGCCGUGGUAAUAUCCCUAUGAUGAAUUCUGAUGACCGCAGGACACAAGAGAAUGGAGUCAAUAUCUGCACGCUUCGUGAUGCAAGUAAUGUUAGGCAGAAGAGGCAUUUUGCUGAGAUUGGUACUGGUCCUGGUAGUGAGUCGGCACCUUUGGUGGAUGUCAAGGACAGGCAUCUACAAGAGAAAGAAACAAAUAAAGAUUUCCAAAGAACAUCAGUUGCUAACCAUGCACAGAGCUUGAAACAUGUUGAGUAUGAAACUAGAAGGUCGGAUGGCCAGGACAAGUGUCUUAAAUCUGAUAUUGCACCCAGUGUGAGGAAGAAAAAAGUGCCUCCAGUAGUGACUGGGGAAGCUGUGGAUGCUGCUAAUCAGAGUCUGGUUUUAGUUAAUUGUCCUUUGUCAGCUAAACAAGAGACUGUCGAUAGUGAAAACAAUGUCAAUGCCAAUCCGAAACCUGUGCAAGCUCAAGUGUUAGAUGUGAAACUAAAACUACGUCAAAUUGAAAUGGAAAUGUCUAAGCUUCGGUCAAAGCAGUUAGAGAUAAGAAAUGAUGGCAAGUUUAACAUAUUGCCAACUUCUGGUGCGCUGGAUCAUCCUGAUGAAGAUGUUGAGUUGAGAACUGUUUUUGUGACAAAUGUCCAUUUUGCUGCCACAAGAGAUGCCUUGUCAUUGUACUUUUCAAAGUGUGGGACGGUGGUUAAAGUUAUAAUUCUUGCUGACCCUGUGACUGCUCAACCAAAAGGGUCUGCUUAUAUUACUUUUGCUAGCAAGGAGUCUGUUGACAAGGCUGUAGCAAUUAGUGGGACCUCGUUCCUGUCCAGGACUCUAAAGGUUAUGAGAAAGGCAGAAGUACCUGCUGUAACUUCAUCCCGGUUAGCUGAAAGUCCUCCACAGUCAUUGUUCAAUAACACCAACAGAAAGGGUAUCCUCCAGAGACAAUAUACCAGCUCUCAUCUACAAUGGCGGCGUGACCUAGUUGAAAAUCCAGAGCAUUCUAUGUCUGCCCCAGGAGUUGCAUCGGAUACACCCAAAACUGUAGAAGAUAAGUUGUUGUAGAUCUGCCUACUGGUAGCUUGCCCAUUUGCUCAUGUCACUGUGAACCAGUGGGGUCUUCUAUCCUAUGGACUAAACACAGCCACAUGAUUUCAUUGAUGUUGGUGGAUUACACGAACAUAUUGUAGGGUCCACUUGAGAAAGGUCAAGCUCCAACAUCUGACAUCAGAUGGACAGUAUUUGGUGGAUCCUGAGAUCCAUGUGGUU